AUGAAUAAGACGAAACAGGUUGUUACUAUAGGAAAUGACCUAAUAGUGAAGUAUCAGGUUUCGUUGUUGGCAGGUCUUGAGGGGCUAAAUGAACUUUCCUCGAAGAAAUCUAAGUUCUUAUCGCUUUACAAAAAAUUCUAUAAGCUUCGUAAUAUGAUCGAUUCCAAACCAUAUAAUAAAGAAACAUACCAGAACAUAAUACGACGGAAAUUCACCAUGGAGGAUUUUAACCUUAAACGAAACAUACUAUUGGAAGGAUCUGACAAAUUAUCAGAAUUACAGCUAUUUGAACGUAUGAUAAACACAUUAGCAUUUGUCCAUAAUUCAACGGUAUAUUUACCGUCAGAAGGAAAAGAAAAGCCGGCAUUCUUCUUUCAAGACUUGAAAAUUCCUCAAAGAAUGGAAAAGCUGAUAAUAUUGACCUUGCUCAAGAUGGAUCAACAGAAGCCCAAUACGAUUAAAUACGAUCGAAAAUACGAAUGGAUACCGCAGAUAUACAACAAAUUGAGCCAGUUGCCUGAUGACCCCGAUGCGAAGGAGUAUAAGUCCAUUUUCAAGGAUAUCGAUGCUAAUCUUAUAGGGUUUCGGGACUACGAGUUGAACUUGAUGAGGCUAAACGAAUGUUAUAGACUAUGUUUAUAG